AGCGCCGGGCGGAAGUGGGGCUCCUGGGUGACGUCACGGCUCGGCGCUUGGAGACAGAGGGAAGUGAGGGCGGCGCUUCUUCCGGUUGGGCCUAGCCGAGGGAGAGGCAGCCACACUUCUUCCCAGGUAACUUCUGAACAAGUUCUGCGAAGAACACCUUGUGAGAGUUUUGCCCGAGGAGUGCUGUAAGUCCAAAGCGACUUCAAGAUACACAGCAAUGACAACAUGAAAAAAAUAAGCAGUAGAAAUAUAUAUUUCAAGCUACAUACUUGUGCAAUUUAAAGGGGGGGGGGAAUAAGAUUGUGCUGUAAAAAGAGAGGCUUGGGAAAGCGAGAAGGCUAACGCAAUACAAAAACUGUGCUGUCCAAGAGGUUAUAUCUGUGAAACUCUGGCAUAAUAUUUGAAUUAUAAAUGAAAAAGAAUGGCAAGUCCUCUAUCUCUGUGUCCUAGAUCAGACACAGGGGAGAAGUUACAUCAGUGUAUGGAAUGUGGGAAACAAUUUGAAAAGAAAAGUUCUCUUACUGUACAUGAACGGACCCACACAGGGGAGAAACCAUAUAAAUGCAUGGAAUGUGGAGAAAGUUUCCGUACGAGUGGAAAUCUACGUUCCCAUCAAAGGACCCACACAGGAGAGAAGCCAUAUAAAUGUAUGGAAUGUGGAGAAAGCUUCAGUCGCAAUGACACUCUGCAUACCCAUCAAAGGACCCACACAGGGGAGAAGCCAUAUAAAUGCAUAGAAUGUGGAGAAAGCUUCCGUACGAUUGGAAAUCUGCGUUCCCAUGAAAGGACCCACACAGGGGAGAAGCCAUAUAAAUGCAUGGAGUGUGCAAAAAGCUUCAGUCAGAGUAGCAAUCUACAUUCCCAUCAAAGGAAGCACACAGGGGAGAAGCCAUAUAAAUGCAUGGAAUGUGGAGAAAGCUUCAUUCGCAGUGACAAUCUACGUUCCCAUCAAAGGAAGCACACAGGGGAGAAGCCACAUAAAUGCAUGUACUGUGGAGAAAGCUUCAGUGAGAGUUACACUCUACGUUCCCAUCAAAGGACCCACACAGGGGAAAAGCCACAUAAAUGCAUGGAAUGUGGAAAGAGCUUCAAUCAGAGUGGCACUCUACGUUCCCAUCAAAGGACCCACACAGGGGAGAAGCCACAUAAAUGCAUGGAAUGUGGAGAAAGCUUCAUUCGCAGUGACAGUCUACGUUCCCAUCAAAGGAAGCAUUCCGGGGAGAAGCCACAUAAAUGCAUUUACUGUGGAGAAAGCUUCAGUGAGAGUGGCACUCUACGUUCCCAUCAAAGGACCCACACAGGGGAAAAGCCACAUAAAUGCAUGGAAUGUGGAAAGAGCUUCAGUCAGAGUGGCACUCUACGUUCUCAUCAAAGGACCCACACAGGGGAGAAGCCUUAUAAAUGCAUGGACUGUGGAGAAAGAUUCAUUCGCAGUGACAGUCUACGUUCCCAUCAAAGGACCCACACAGGGGAGAAGCCACAUAAGUGUAAGGAAUGUGGAAAGAGCUUCAGUCACAGUUCAAGGCUGCGUAUCCAUCAAAGGAUCCACACAGGGGAGAAGCCACAUAACUGCAUGGACUGUGGAAAGAGUUUCAGACACAGUGGCACUCUACGUUCCCAUCAAAGGGCCCACACAGGGGAGAAGCCUUAUAAAUGCUUGGUAUGUGGAAAGAGCUUCAGUCGCAGUAACAAUCUGCGUACCCACCAAAUUACUCACACUGUACAGAAGCCAUAGAAAUGCAUAGAAUGUGGAGAAAGUUUCAGUCAGAGUAACUAUCUACAUUGCUUUCAAAGGAGCUACAUUGUAGAGAAGCCAUAGAAAUGCACGGAUUGUGGAAAGAGCUGUAGAGAAUGUUCAGCAUACAUUAAACAUAUUGGAACUCAUGCACAGCUAGAAGAGACCUGCUUUUCAAUUUCUGAGCUCUCUUUCAAAAAAUAUUGGAAGGAAAGAGGAAGGCCGGCACCUGACUCUCUCUCUCUCUCUCUCUACCAUGGACUAGUUUGUGUGGCCUUGGUCGAUGGCUACUGGGAGCAGGUCUCACUGAGAAGGGGAUUUUUCUCAGUAUUGCAGCAAGCUCUGAAGGGGUUCACCUAGCCUCCUCCAUAAGAAACCCAUCACAGGCUUCUAGGGUGAUGUGUGGAGGUUUGCUGAAAGGAGCAACAGCUGAGAUAUUUAGAUCUUUAGUUCUAUUAAACGAAACAGAUUACAUCAAAGAGGUAGAGAGACACCCAGGAGACACUUCUUUCUAUAAAUCUAUUCCUAAGUAUUCUACAGACAAAAUACGUUUUUUAAUUCGAACAGUAUGUACAGAAGGACUCACUUUAGGAUACAUCUCAAAUCAACAAAUAAAAUCUCAAAUCAACAUCUCGGGCUCUUCCUCCAACCUGGAACCCCCAAUGCAGUUUUUGGAUUAUUAUUUACAACCAUUUGUACCCCUCACACAGGCAGUCUUAAAGAUAUUAAAGAUACUAAACAUUUCAUAAAGGUCAUAGAGGACCUUACCAUACCUCCAGUCCAUCUUAAUGACUCUGGAUAUAACAUCACCUUCUCAUUUUUUUAAAUGGAUCUAUUAGACAUUGUCCUGGAAUAUAUAUUUUUUCAGAUUUAAAACUCAAUAUUAUCUACAGAUUUUUGUUGUCGUGAUGGGAAGUCCUUUGGCCCCUUCUGUUGGAAUCACAGACACCUUAAAGGGCCAGACUCAAAGUGGUUUCAAAACAGAGUUUAUUAAAACAAAGGAAAAAGGAUGCAGAAGUACUUAAAUGUAGUGUCACUGGUCAAAACUCAAGAAACAACCCAGACUUGGUCCAAAAGGUUAAAAGAAAUAUAAUCCAGGUUAACUGGAUAAAAAACGAAUCAAACAAAGCGCUCUGAGGCGCAACAAAAAGGCAUAGUACACAUCCGGUUAACGAAAAAGGAGGGGCCGCAGGAAGAGAAGCGUCGUCAGCCGAAGUCC